AUGGCUACAAGAUCAAAUAAUUCUGUAGGUCCUAUGAUAGAAGCAUUAAAAGGUUAGACAAGAAUUAACCUAGCUGAUUAGUAUAUUGGUAAUGAAGGUUCUAGAAUAUUAGCUAACUUUUUGAUGCAAAAUUAGUAAGUUUAGGUUUUGGAAUUGAAAGGAAAUAAUAUUGGUGUUGAUGGAUUGAUUGAUAUUAUUGAAGCCUUAAGAAGCAACGAUGUUAUUAAAAUUUUAAGUUUAGAAUGGAAUAAUAUUGGUUAAGAUAUUAGGGGAUUAGAGUCAUUAGGAGCAUUUUUAUUAUAAAAUAAGUCUCUUUAACACUUGUCCCUUGCUUAAAAUAAAAUUGUUGGAGAUGAUAUUGAAAUGAUAGCUAAUGCUCUAAGAAAUAAUAAGACUCUCCUUUCAUUAGAUUUAAGAUGGAAUUAAUUAGGUCCUCGUGGUGCUAAUCUACUUAAAUCUGCUAUAAUGAAUAACCAAACUCUGAUAUAUUUAGAUAUUGGUGGAAAUAAUAUAAAUGAAGACCUAUAAGAUGCUCUUGACAAAAUUAUCUUAGAAAAUCGUCGUAAAAAUCCUCUCACCAGAGACCGUAUCCUAGGAGGGCCAUCUGUUUAGGCUGGAGACUAAAAUAUUUAGUAAUAAUAACAAUAGAAUAAUCCAUAAUUUACACAAUCAGGAUUUAAAUUCUAAGCUCCUUAGCAAGACAAAGAAGGUUUACCAAUGCUUGCACACUUGGAAAACAUUUUAGAGCAAGAAAAAGCUCAUACAUUCUAGAUAAAAUAGCGCUUAGAAGUAGAACUAGAGGAAUUAUAAAGAAAAGAUAGAAAUGAUUUGAGGACUAUUUAAGAAUUAGAAAGUAAAUGCAACGAUGUUUAAAAUUAGAAUAGGAUGCUCAAGUUUGAUAUUGACAGACUUAGGGAAGAAUUUUAAAUCAUUGAAAGAAAUAAUAUCGAACAUAUAAGAACUCACGAAGAACGAAUUCGUAACAAUGAGUUCAUCAUUAAUGAAAUGGAAAAAAAGCAUGCCACUAAUACAGAUAGAAUACUUUAAGAAAAUAACUUUAGAGUUAAAGAAAUGGCUAGGGAUUGGGAAAGUCGUUGCAGGCUUUUAGAAGAAAGAGUGAGAUUGGUUGAGAAUGAAGGAAUCGAACUCGAAACUGAACUUAAGAAAAUUUCAGAUAAAAAAAUAGAAAUGUAAAUAAAACAAGAAGAAGAACUUAGAGAUUUAGCUUCAAGAGUCGAAGAAGAAGAAUAUAAUAAAGCUCAAUCAAAUCUGAGCACAUUAGAAGCUAAAUUAAAAGCCAUUGAAAACAGUAAGGAACUUCUUAUCAAAAGAAAUCACGAAUUGAUUAGAGAGUAUGAAGAGAGGGACAUUAAAGCUUCUAAUGAACUUAGAGUUUUGGAAGAAGAGUUGUAAAAUUUGAAGGCAUAAAAUUAAGAAUUUACUUAGAAGAAUAGUGAGUUCAAAAUUUUAAGUGAGAAAUUGAAAAACGAUUUAGACUUGAAAGAUACUAUUGUUGAAAAACUAUAAAAGGAAAUAAAUACAGUUAAUGAAUAAAUAGAAAUGAAAAAGUAAUUUGCAAGAGAAUAAAUAGAAAAAACAAUCAAAGAAUAAAGAGAAGAAAAAUUGCAUUGGGAUGCUGAAAGAGAUGCAUAAAUUCGUCAUAUUUAGGAGCUUGAGCGCGCCCUCAGAGCUAGCCACACUGAAAACUCUCGCUUAAGAGGAGAAUACCAAAGAUUAGCUGAAACUGUGCAAUCAAAUCUAAAUAAAGCAGUUUAUGAUACUUUUACAACAAAUAAAUACUUUUGA